AUGAAUGACAUAGUUGCUGACAAGAAGAAAACCAAGAUUAAAAUUUGGGAUACAAAAAGAAUUAUCUGCGUUUUUACAUUGUCGAAAGUCAUGCUUGUCGAAAACGGACCGGAUGCGAAUCACCCUGUCAUCAGGACUCUCUAUGACCAUCUCGAUGAAGUGACCGUUGUUGCCUUCCAUCCACGUGAGCAGAUCCUUGUUUCUGGCUCUACGGAUAAAACGGUCAAGUUGUUCGACUUCUCCAAAACUGCUGUGAAAAGAGCCAUGAAAACGUUAUCGGAAGUGUUCCCUGUACGUGCGCUGUCAUUCCAUCCUGGUGGUGAAUUUCUUCUUGUGACUACGGACCAUCCCACAAUUCGUCUUUACAAUGUUGAAACUGCACAAUGUUUCGUCUGUUCGGCUCCUGGAGACCAGCAUAAGGAUGUCGUUAUGGAUGUGAAUUAUUCUGACAAUGCUAGACUUUACGUGACCGGAUCGAAAGAUGGUGAUGUGAAGGUAUGGGAUGGCAUUUCAAAUCGAUGUGUGGAAACAUUUAGCCGCGCUCAUGAUGGUGCUGCAAUCUGCUCUGCCAAAUUCACGAGGAAUGGAAAGUAUAUACUAACAAGCGGCAUGGACAGUAUUGUCAAACUGUGGGAGUUAUCAACGAAUCGCUGUCUGAUCGCUUAUACUGGUGCAGGUGCUACUGGAAGGCAAGAAUUCCCGGUGAAGGCAACUUUCAAUCAUAAUGAGGAUUACGUUUUAUUCCCCGAUGAAAAGUCCGGCAGUUUAUGUUCAUGGGAUGCAAGGAAUUCUGACAGGAAGCGGUUGCUAGCUCUAGGUCACACUGCUGCAACCCGAGUUUUUGUCCAUUCUCCCACUGUACCUGCCUUUUUGACGGGUAGUGACGAUUUUCGAGCACGAUUCUGGUUUCGGAAAGGAUCUAGCUAUUAAAGAUUUUUUAAUAGGUCAUUUAUGUUUGAUUGGAUAGAUUUAGUGCUUCAACUCCACUUCAGGAU